CAGGCACGACCCACUGGGGGACCCAUUUAGGCCCGCCUCAAGAGAGGAGUGUCUGUAACAACCUGACCCCUGCGCACAACUUUCUAGCAGCAAUCGUCCGAAACCUGCCACCAUAGCGCUAACAACAUGUCGCCGCCAAGCACUCCAGAGAAGUUGCCGACAGCGAAUCUGUUCGACGAGAUUAUCAUUGUGACAGUGGGCAAGGAACUCAAACCAUUCAAGACCUUCAGCCUGCACAAGGGAGUCGUGUCCUACUACUCCGGCUACUUCCAGGCUGCGCUCAAAGAAAACACCUUCCAAGAGGGUCAGAGCAAGCGAAUCGAGCUACCGGACGAAGAAGUCGAGACCUUCGAGCACUUUGUUGGUUGGCUGUACACGCGUGUGCUGCCUGGCAACAGCGAUGACUAUACGGCUGAGUACAAUGGUCUGAUUAAGCUAUGGAUCCUAGGCGACAAACGCCAAAUCCCGCUACUCAUGAACGUUACCAUCGACGCAAUGAGGGAUGUUCUCGUCAAACGGUGGAUACUGCCAAGAAUGUCUCUCGGUUUGAUAUGGGAAAACACCGCCCCGGGUGCACAGCUGCGUCGUUUCUGGAUCCACCUUAUGGCUCAGGUAGGCCUCCGGAGCAGUCUUAAGGACGAACACAAAGAAUUCUGGGUGAAGGAUGCGCUGUGGGAUGUUUUCCGAGCAUCGUAUGAGAUGUGGCGUAACGGAAGGGCAACCACGCUAAACAAAGAUGCAAUCGCCAAGCUUGAUCUCUGCGAGUACCAUUGCCACGAGGACGGCCUGAAGUGCGAAAAGGUAGCGUAAAGCUAAGUGCGGUUUCAUCAGAAUUCGGACAACCGAGAAGAGUCUAUCAACAACGGUCCCAGCGAAGUGCAAUAUCAUGGCUCUGGAGAAACUACAUCCUGAUAUGGCUGCCGCUAAAUUAGCUUCGACAAGCGUCCCACUCCCAGUCCCAGUCAGUCAGUAUCACUCUGGUCUGCUUCCACACCUCUGUGGCAAUAACAUGGUCGCAGUCGUAUCCCAGGAAAGUCCCAAGAAGCCUGGAGGUAUAGCCAAGUCUCAACCUUGUGUACGACCAGUAAUUGUGUAUGAGUCUCAAGAGUGCUGAGGAUGCCGGCUAGGCUGUUUGAAGGAC